GUUUGAGGAUUUUUGGGGGAAAAGUCGGCGAACGCUCGGAUUGAAAAAAUGGCGGGUGAAGUUCCGGGUGACGGAAGGAGAUACGGUCGGAAAGGUUCGGUAUCGUUCGGCUAAGUUCGGAGUUUGCAGAGGACGCUCGCGAUCGAGGGCCGGCGAAGGGGAGCCGCCGUCGUCGUUCGAAGACACAGCAUGCACAGACAGCACCACCGUGCGAAAGUGGAAGGGCGGCGCGAGCGGAAAAGAGGGAUCGUGAGCGGCGGAGAAGCAGCGCGCGAGACCCAGAGAAGGCAAGAACGAUCGAGGGACGACGAGUGUGCCAGUAACGGUUAACCGUCGCGCUCGAAAGAGGCGAAAGCGCGUUCCUCUUCCGUAUGUGUCUUCUUCUUCUUCGGUGCGUCGUCGUCGGCCAUUGUCUCUGACAUGGAAGCCUACCAAAAUGGCAGAGAUCGUGCAGAUGUUUUUGUUUCUGUAUAAGUCAAAGUACCGUCGGAAACGUCGUCGGCCCUCACGGCAAGUAGAGCUGACACGCUUUCAAGAGUGCGGUGCGAUCACGUUGCCAUGCUUGCCUCCGCUCUGGUGGGCGGCGUUGCUCUGCUGUUGGCUCCUGCACCUUACGGCGGCCUCCUCCUCCUCCUCGACGACGACGACGACGGAACCGAGCUGCGACAGCGAGAGCUGCAUCAACGGGGAUUGCGUCAAUGGUACUUGUUUGUGUCGCGAGGGAUGGCAGGGUUCGGCUUGCCAAUUCUGCGGUGGCAAAGUCAGAUUGACGGAACCAACGGGAAGCAUUCACGAUGGUAUCGGCAACUACACGGCGGACGUGAGGUGUUCCUGGUUGAUCGAGAGCAGCCCAAAUUCCACGAUACGCAUGCACGUGGAGCUGUUCGCGACGGAAUGCGGCUGGGACCACCUGUACAUCUACGACGGUGACAGCGUCGAGGCACCUCUACUCGCGAUAUUCAGUGGUCUCAUGCACAAAGACGGCUAUCACAUACGCCGCGUGCCCGAAGUAAUAGCACGAUCCGGCAGCGCGUUGUUGCACUUUUAUUCGGACGUUGCCUACAACAUGAGCGGAUUUAAUAUCACUUACAAGAUCAAUGCCUGUCCGACCAGGUAUUCCUACGUCGAUUGUUCUGGCCACGGUGUCUGUAUAGAGGGUAUGUGCGCGUGCGAUGCCUUAUGGACCGGAAAAGCCUGCGACGUCCCGGUGUGUCCAAAUAAUUGCUUUCACCACCGUCUACACGGCGAGUGCAAUAGAUUGAAGCGUCGCUGCGACUGCAUACACGGUUACAAGGGAGUGGACUGCAGUCAAAAGAAAGAUCAUGGAUUUUGGGAGAACGUCGCUUACAAAGACUUCUCUCCCGAAGGUUCGGCCAGUCAUUGUUCCAUCGUUUGGAAAGAUUCCCUCUACGUGGUCGGUGGCGAGAGUUUUCAUCGUGCCAAGAUGAUAUACGUUUACGAUUACAAUGGUAACGUCUGGGAAACCCCUCACGUAGAGGGCAAGCUACCCGCGCCUCGAUACGCUCAUUCGUGCGUACUCUUCGGAGACAAGAUAUUUAUGUACGGUGGCGUCGUACAAAAUUCCACCGUCACCAACGAGAUCUGGGCGUUCGACGUCUCGGCUAAAGUUUGGGAAAACGUUACCGUGCACGAUCAUUGUCGCAACAAGACGAUGUGCGGACCGCUUAAGGUAGCUGGGCAUACGGCGAAUCUCGUGCAAAGUUACGGGGAAAAGGAGAAAAUGGUUGUGAUCUUUGGUUAUUCGCCUCAGUAUGGUUACUUGAACACCGUCCAGGAGUAUUACUUGGGAACGCGGGAGUGGCAAAUCGUCGAGACGAUAGGCUUCCCCGUGAAAGGGGGCUACGGUCAUAGUUCUUCUUACGAUCCUCUGACGCAUUUGAUAUACGUCUACGGUGGGUACGUGUCCGAGUCGCAGAGCACUCAGGUUCUGACGAACAGACUCUACUCCUAUCAUCCCAAGUACCGCGAGUGGAGAUUGCUGACGGCCGCGCCGUCGGCCCGAUUUUUUCACACCGGCGUAUUUAUUUCCGGCGGUCUGAUGCUCGUCUUCGGCGGUAACAUGCACAACGACACUCAGCACUCGCACGGUGCUAGGUGUUAUUCCGCGGAUACCAUCGCUUACGACGUUACCUGCGACACGUGGCAACAUUACUUCAUGCCGAGGGAAAUGACCGACCUACCGAGAUACGGGCACAGCGCGACCGUUUUCGAAGAUUCCAUGUACAUCUACGGAGGCUUCGACGGUCAGAUGCUGUCCGACAUGUUGAGGUAUACACCGGGACAUUGUGAACACUUGAUGAAACAGAACGAGUGUCUGAACGCGAGGACAGGUGUAAAGUGCGUGUGGGACAAUCAUUCAGGUCGGUGUAUUGCGAUAACGAAAAUACCGCGGCAUGCGUUGCUCGAGGACGACAUGCACGAUGGAAAGUACAUGAGGUGCUUGGACGACACGCCGCCGCGUGGAAUGACCUCGCAUAAGGAAUUGUGCAAGCUCCUAACCGACUGCGUCGCUUGCGUGCAAACGUCCUACAAUUGUGUUUGGUGCGGUAAAAGUUGUUCCUACGAAAUAUGUCGGGAUAACGCCAAUUCACCGGCCACCGAGGUUAUCAAGGAUUUGGAAAAGUGCGACGCGCACACUGGCGUCGAGUGUCUGCAAUUGCACACCUGUCACGCUUGCUCUAGCAAUCCGCGUUGCAUAUGGUCUUGGUCGAACGGUCCGGAUCGUUGCAAGCCGCAAUCUAAGACGCGCGAGAUCAGCAGUCUGAAUGGAACCAUACAAGCUCAGCGCUUGACGAUGGAAACUUGUCGAAGUUCAUGCGCGGAGUAUACUUCCUGUAGGAAUUGUACAGAAUUCGAUUGCAUUUGGUGUCAGAACGAAGCAAAGUGCGUCGACAAAAAUGCAUAUCCCGCUAGUUUCCCGUACGGCCAAUGUCGUGCGUGGACAACGAUCGAGGCAAGGUGUCGUGCUACUGGAAAUGGAAGGGAAUGGUGUAGCUUUUAUUUAUCUUGUUCGGCGUGUAGAUCGGAUCCCGGUUGCGGGUGGUGCGACGACGGAUCCGGUACAGGAAAAGGACAGUGUUUGCCUGGUGGCGCUCGUGGUCCAAGCAGUAGGAGUUUAGAAACGUGUUCGCUCGAUCAUUGGUACUUUACCACGUGUCCAACUUGCCAAUGCAACGGCCAUAGUAAGUGUCUUCCAAACAGCAGCGUUUGUAUUCAACCGUGUGGAAAUUUAACUUACGGACAGAAUUGCGAUAAAUGCAUACCCGGUUAUUACGGAAGUCCUUUGAACGGAGCAACGUGUCAACCUUGCUCCUGUAAUAAUCAAGGCACGCAGUGUUCUAGCGAGACCGGUAAAUGUUUUUGCACGACCAAAGGCAUCGUUGGAGACCAUUGCGAGCGUUGUGACAUAACGGGUCUUUAUUAUGGCGAUCCUACGAACAAAGGAUCGUGUUUUUACGACUUGGCUAUUGAUUAUCAAUUUACCUUUAAUUUAAGUAAAAAAGAAGAUCGGCAUUAUCGAGCGAUCAACUUUAAGAAUUCCCCGCCGAAAGCUGAUAUCGAUGCCGAGUUUUCUAUAACUUGUUCAGUCCUCGCAAAGAUGAACGUUACUAUUAAAAGACCAAACAGUCUAGAAAAGCCACUUCUUUUGGGUGCCAAUUGUACGACAAGCAUGUAUAAGCAUCGCUUUAGCAAGGCAGACUACAAUUUUGGUAGCGAAGAGAACAAUACGUUAACAACGUUCUAUGUAUACGUUUAUGACUUUCAGCCACCGUUGUGGAUUCAGAUUUCAUUUUCUCAAUAUUCAAAGUUAAAUCUGCAACAAUUCUUCAUAACUUUUUGCACAGAUUAUAUGCCACCACACAGGUGUUUCCUUGCCCUACUUCUAGUAGCCGCAAUUUUAUGGAAGAUCAAACAAAAGUAUGACAUGUAUAGAAGAAGACAACGACUUUUCGUGGAGAUGCAACAAAUGGCCAACAGGGCGUUUAGUCAAGUACUCGUGGAAAUAGAGAGGCGAGACGUCGUCGACAACGACGCUGACAGAGGUGACGGUGAAUAUAACAAUUGUCGAAAAAAGAAAAAGGAUGCACCUAGUCCGAUCGCACUGGAGCCCUGUUGCGGUAACAGAGCAGCAGUCUUAUCCUUGCUAGUCAGAUUGCCUACCGGUGGUGAGCCGUUUACUCCAGCUGGACAGAGUGCUGGCUUAGCGGUAGCCUCAGCCUUAGUCACAUUGGGUAGUCCGCGGAGACCUUCCCAGGAAUUAACGACGAAGGAACCGAAAAAAACUAGAAAGUCGGCCAGUCAACAUCCGGAAUCCACUUGUAUUUAGCGAUAAGCCGAAGAAAGUAGACAAAAUGCAAAUGUUGCAACGUGACUACGAGCCUUAGAAUCGUUUCUGUGAUCUUGCCUGUAUUAGUGGCAGGACAAUCGAUUAUCUUAUAACUAUGACAGAACGACGUAGCAAAUGUCAAUGUCACACAACCUACGUACAUACGUUGUGUGCCGACGACAAAUUUUAUAAGUGGUCAAAGUUCAUUCUGUCGUCGAACGAAGAGAACCGAAGCGUCGUUAAAACUUGGCUACGUCUUCAUUCAAAGAAAAUGAGCGAGAAGAUACUUUAAUCAAGAAAUGAUUUUUGUAUUUAUCGUCUUACAUGAAAAUUUUCGGUAAGUAGUACUCAUUUUGAAAAUUUAUUUAAA